UAAAAACAAAUAAUAUUUUUUUUUUAAAACCCAACAACAAUGGCCUAUCAAACAUUAGUCAACACAACCAUCUCUACCAUGCCAGCCAACAAACCUCAAUAUACACCCAGUAAAGUCUUGAAAAAGGCAUUAAAAUCGGUACGCAAACUCUUCAAGAAAUCGAAUAAACAUCAAAAAUUCCUCAAUGAAACAAUCUAUGCUCAUGAUGAAGCCGACUAUUCGAGUGAAGAAGAAUUGGAAAAUCAAGAAAAUGAAAGAAAAGAAGCCUUAAAGCAAGAAAAUUGAAACAACUAAAGAGCCCCAGACAACAUCUGUAAAGGAUGAUGCUUCAGCUUUAUGACCAAUGGCUUUAGAAGUCUUUAAAACUUAAGCCAAAGCUUUAACAUUUCAAACUGUGACCAGGAGAGCAACAUGAGUAAAUAGCUCUUUAAACCAAAGGGUGUUAAGUGAUACCCGCAAGGAAAAAGCAACAAAAAAUCACUUGUACAACAGCUUUAAUCUACAAAUGUCUUCCAACAUUUUCAUUUUAGUUUUUAAGAAAAAUUUAAAAAAAAAUAAAAUAA